AUGGCAGAAACAGGCCAGACCAUGUCCAAACCGGAGCAUCUAGAGCCCUCCAGGCUCGGGACUAAGGAAUACUGGGAUGCACUCUAUGACACCGAGAUCACCAACCACGAAACCAAUCCGUCAGACAUUGGCACGGUCUGGUUUGACGACUCAAACGCCGAGGCCAAAAUGGUAUCCUUCCUGAACACAAACCGUGCAGACCUGGGACUCGACAGGACUUCCACAUCCUUUGUGGACCUCGGAACCGGCAAUGGCAGCAUGCUUCACGCUCUUCGAAGGGCCGGCUGGGCCGGUCCUUGCCUUGGGGUUGACUACAGCCCCGCGGCGGUUGCCCUGGCGCAAAAGGUCGCCGCAUCGACGACGUACUCGGAAGCCAGUGAUGAUGAUGAUGAUGACGACGACGACGACGACGAAGAUCAACAAGAAUCAAACAAAACGGAGCCAAGCAACAGUCCCAUAUUGUUUGCCCAAUGGGACGUCCUCGACGGGCCCCUGGACCCGGACGCGGCCGCCACCCCGCGAAGAGGCGCCUGGGACGUCGUGCUGGACAAAGGCACCUUUGACGCCGUGUGCCUGAGCUCCGACGUCGAUGCCGCUACGGGCCGGCGCCGGAGCGAGGACUACCGCGCCCGCGUUCUCGAGCUCUUGCGCCCCGGCGACGGCGGCGUCUUCCUGAUCACGAGCUGCAACUGGACGGAGGAGGAGCUGAGGGCCUGGUUCGAGGGGGAGGGCGGCGAGGGCUCGGCGCGCCUGAUUUAUGCGAGCCAGGUCCACUACCGGUCUUUUAGCUUUGGAGGUGUCAAGGGCCAGACCAUCAGUACGGUCUGCUUUGUAAAGAAGGAUUCCAUUUCCUGA